GUACCGAAGACUAGAUAGAUAUUAUUAUUUAAUCAAUUGAAUAUUCUUGGCUGCAGCGGACGUGGUGGCGCAUAGCGACGGAGACUUCCGACGACCUUUUCUUCUUCGAAGCGGGGGGCGGAGCGUCCAUACUGGUUGUCCGCGGUUGCGACAAGCACUAAAAGUGUCAAAGCACGAGCAACAUUUUUUUCCCUCUUCUUCUUCUGUGUGGUAAACCCCUCCGUUCUGCUCGGAAAUCUCUCUUGAUUCUUUUCAUAUAUUCCUUUCCGAUCGACAAUAAUAGAUCGCGCAAUAUCGCUAUCAGCCUGUCCUUUCAGCAACAAAGCCUGUUAUAUACCCCGCCUGCUCUCGUCACCAGCAGGUCCAUAGAUCUCGUCGCAUUGCAUAUCCAGUCUCUCUUACCUGCAAGAUCGUUACCGGGAGGACGUUACCCAAUAAACAGCCAUGCCUCAGAAGUUCUAUGUCACCUAUAACCAGGUGCACAAGCUGUGCCAGAAGUCGGCAGAGAAGAUCCUCAAUGAAUUCCAUCCCAACCUCAUGAUCGCUAUCGGUGGAGGAGGUUAUGUCCCCGCGCGUAUCCUUCGAUCUUUCCUGAAGCGCGCUGGCGAGCCGAACAUCCCCAUCCAGGCUAUUGGUCUCUCUCUGUAUGAGGAUCUGGGCCGCGGUGACGAUCCCGAAGAGGCUCCCGGUACCAAGGUCACUCGCACGCAGUGGCUCGAUCUGAGCUCCCUGGAGAUGUCCAACCUGAUUGGAAAGAACAUCCUGAUCGUCGAUGAGGUCGACGACACCAGGACAACGCUUGAGUAUGCCGUCCGUGAACUGCAGAAGGAUGUCGAGCAGGCGCAGCAGCAGCUUGGCCGCCAGGGCGAGAAGACCACCUUCUCAAUCUUCGUCCUCCACAACAAGAACAAGGAAAAGAGGGGCAAGCUGCCUGCCGAGAUGAUGGAGUCGGGCCACUAUCACGCUGCCGUGACGACCGACGAUGUCUGGAUCUGCUACCCUUGGGAAGCGAAGGACAUUGACGCGCACGACGAGAUGGCUAAGCAGAACCCCCUCAUCUAUUAAUCGACACGGAGUGGAUACCCCCCCCCCCCCCCCCCCCAACGUCGCACUCAUUUGAUAUAUCCUUUUUUUUUGGCGGCAUAUAUUCUAUAUCUAUAUCGCUUUGCAGUUUGUAUAGCAUCUGCAUAUCAUGUCAUAUCACGAAGAAUUCAUUGGGUAACGGAAUCCGAUAGAGAGAAAAAGGAAAAAGACCCGGUUGGUGCUAUGGUAAUGGUUAGAGCAUUAGUUUG